AUUAACAACAUGAGGUAGUAGAGAGCAGAUGCAUUUCUGAUGAUCAUAGCAAAUUGGAAAGAUCUUAUAAUGAGCCAUACAAUACAUUGAAAACGCAAAUACAAUUACUUAAUUGUCUUAUCAAGUUACAUUAUUUUUUAUCAGUUGCAAUAAGAAAAUUUUUCAAUUACAUUAUGUUGAUCAAAUAUACUGUUCGUUUCAUUUAAAGUAAGAAUUUUUCAUUCUUUUCCUGACUUUAUAUCAGCACGAUAUAAUAUUUACAUUGUAUUCACCUGUAUAUGAAUUUAAUGGAUGAUAAAGGAAUAUCUUGAUACCGUUCAUUCGCUUUAAAAAUGAUCUAGAUGCGCAUGAUUAUAGGUUACACAGUUAAUUAUAUGUCAGUACUUUAGGCGUGUUCCGGGGAUAAUAAGUGAAAAGCCAUGGUUACUUUACGACUAACAAAUUCCUGUGUCCUUUUUCGCUAUACAAUGCAAUAAUUGUUAGUAGUUCUAAAAUUAAACUUGCCAAGUGCAGGUAUACUGCAAGAAGUUUAUGUCGGUUUUCCGCAUUUGCUGUGGAGACAAAAGCUUAUCCUUGGAAAAGAAAUUCUUGUAAACAUAUUACUGCAUAAUAUGCUUUAAAGUGCAUUGAAAAUAUAAUUAUAAUCUCUGGUUAGAGACCCUUGGGAGACUCUGAUUUAGAUUAUUCUCUUUUAAUAUUUUGGCGAACAUGUUCAAUCCGUCACCGAAGUUUCAAGCAGUCAAAAGUAAACGAAGGGGAAAAAUAUGGCAGCUAUUCCGCGCCACGGAUUUUGAAUCGUUGAUGUAUCCUUGCUUCACUUUUUGUCGCAUUUUGGGAAUAUUUCCAUAUAAGAUCAACGCUUCAACCAUUAAGAUUUGCAAACCAUGCUACAUUCUGUCGACCAUCGUUAUCUGUAUUUUUUGUGUUUACAAUCUAAUAAGUAUUUAUGAUAUCAAUUUUGCGUUCAAAAGCAUACCUAGAGCACUUGAACGUAACUGCUUCCACAUUUUCGGCGGUUUUAUAACAGUUAUCACAUUCAUUUUGAGUGAACCACGAAUGCGUCUACUUCAGACGAUACUGAAUCUCUCUUUGCGAUUGCCUGAGGAAGCAUAUCAGAAUUUGUCUAAACUGAUCCAUAUCAAGGAUAUUUUUGGAUUCAUUUUACUAGUGGUUUUAGAAUCAAUAUUACUUUCUAGAGCACAGUUUGAUGGAAUCCUACCCAAGAUUCUGAUACUGUACAUCAUUCUGCUGAUAUUUCAAAUGGAUAUGCUGUACAUGAAUUGUGUUUGCGUAUUAAAAGCAUGUUUCAAGCAAAUCAACGACAGUUUGGCAAAUCUACGCGAACUUAUGGCGAAUGGUGAGCCAUACCUCGUGAGGGGAACCUAUUACAAUCACAGAAAUCCAUUCCUACUGAUGGAACUCAAAAUUCUGGAAAAACAGCAUCUGGCAGUCAGCGAGGCAGUACAAAUGUUAAAAACAAUUUUCAGUUUGCAACUUCUUUCUACAAUAAUUAUGGCCUUCUUUUCAAUCACUAUCGACUUGUACUUUUACUUAAUGCGAAUACAAGGUGACGUGUCUAUGUUCAGCCUGAAAACAAUGGCCUAUGUUGAAGGCUUUAUCUGUAAGAGAUUUACAAAUGUAACAUAUCACGUUAUAAAAAUGGUAUUAAUAGUAUGGGCUUGCCAUACCGGUAGAAAUCAAGCCAUGGAAAUCAACAUCUCCGUUCACGAUGUAUUUAACAGCACUAGCGAUGAGGAAAUAAAAUACGAGUUACGGCUUUUUUCCUUGCAAUUAAUGCAUCGUAAAAAUAUAUUCUUCGCAGAGGGUCUUAUUAUGGACGCUACGCUUCUUAAAGCGAUG